GGCCUUGCAUUUUUCUUCCGCCAGAACAAUCCGCGCUUCUCGCUUCCUGGAAAUAUUGUCAGGAAUUUUCAGGCGGUGCGUUAACUAUCGCGUUUCUCGCCGGGGGCAAAGAAGCGAUCGUAAAGUCCCGAGUGUUUUCCGCGUUUUCUUAGUUCCUUAAUCCGCGGGUAUGGAUCUACUUAGAACUCUAGCAGGUAGAAUAGAACUUUUCCCCUCAAUAAAAUUGUUCAGAUAACGACGAUUCUCGAACCAUAAAAAGAGAACGGCCGCGAAAUUGAUUCCAACGCCCGGAAUGGGACGAAAGGAAACAUUGGGAAACUCGAUAAACUCUGAAUGCAUUUCUCUCGCGGCGAUCGUCGGCCUGUCGCUCAUGACGCUUUCGGGACACUCGUCGGACUGAACACGCGAACAAUGGAACCCCCAAUUAUUAAUGAAGAAACGUUCCCUGCAUAUUCCAAUACAACAAUGUAAUGGACCAGGACGUGGCGAGAUGACACCCGCGUCAUUCCUCAAGAAUCCGAAUCCAAACUUUGGUCCCCAUUCACGGGUACAAGUGUCCGCCGAAUGAACUUCAGCAUCGCCUCUACGCUCGUCCCUCUCCCUCGCGCUUUCUCGCGAACGUGUCGUAUCUCUGCGUCGCGCCCGUGGAUGCCAGGCGAACAGCCUUUGGUGCCGUCCUCGGUGCGGUCGCACUCGCGCUGGUGCAACCGCACUCAGUGAGUGCCACCAGCGGGUUCAGUGCUAGAGUAUCGACCCGUGGCAUGUGGUGGCUCAUUCUCCUUUCUCCUUCGUUCUUUCCUUUCCUCCUCGCUCGCGCGGAGGAAUUACAGUUCCCGCUCCUAUUUUCUAUCAUCGUCCCGCUCGGCCCUCCGUCUGCGCUCUUCGUCGUGCUCACCUAGAGUACUCCGUCGUGCCGCUCUAAGGUCGAUACUCGCGUAAACGUGCACGGGAAUCCCGCCGGUGUGGUGCGACCUCGCUUUGUUGUACAUGCGCGACGAUCAACGAUGUACAACGAGCAAGCGGCGCCCCCGUCCAGCGCCUUUUAAAGAGACUCGGUCCCAUAUUCCGAGUCCUCUUUCAUCGACGAAAGUACCCGUGACGACCAAUAAGAACCUUUGAAAACCAUUUUUAGUGGCACUUUUAGCGAUAAAAGAGGAUUCAGAAUAUGGACCUUAUAGUUUUUCAUGAGGAAACGUCAAAUGGCGAUUAUCUUAUUUUUCCUUAUAUCGCUUCUCUGUGUCUUCUUUUGCAUGAGUAGAUCCAACGAUACGCCGGUUGUUGUUCAGAUCUUAGGGCGAUUAUUAUCUUUUCUUACGCGGAGGACAGUUAUGUGAGCAAACGAUAGGAAAUGACUCGCGUGUGUCAUAAUUCUGAAUCAUUCGGGUUGCCAGGAACGCGCUGCGGGAAUUUUAUUCUCGUUUUCUGCCGCAAAGGAGAAUCGUGGAAACGACAAUGUGCAUGCAUCAGUAAUGUCACGGUUAAUGUGUCGAAACUGGCGUCUAAUAUCGGGGACUGAUAUCGGAGCCUUGAUUAAGUACGUAACGAAAGCCUUUGUGAAAAGAGAAAUUUAAUUAUUUUAAAACGUAGGCGAUUAAGUUACCAGCUAUCCUGCGAUAGCGUAGCUGCUAUAUGAUUAGAUUAAUUGCGUGUGAUGAAGUUUCACCGUUCUAAAGUUCAAUAUUGACAGCGAAUGUUUUAACAACAACCAGGACAAGGACUGUCCUUGACUUUAACAUGUGAUGACGAGAUAUAAGUAAGACGCAAAGUCCGUUGAGAAAGAGUGAGAUGUACAUUCGCAAGACUGAGUUAGAAGCUGGAAGCGAAGACGGCGGAGAAAAAUUAGAGAUUUGCUUCUCCUCAAGAGCGACAAGUUUACGUGAAACAAUGGGGCGGAUUGCGUCGCGUGUAUCCAAAGGGUACGAAUCAGAAAAGUGCCUUUUCACAAGCCCAGUUGUAGGAUGAGGGGAAGAAAAUCGGAAACCACGCGACGACAAAUCUCCUGUGCUCCAUGUACGUUUCCAUGUAGGUUUCCUCUCAUUUGGCCACUUUUUCUCCCAUCGCCAGGUCGAUUUUCCGUAAAAGAGAGAGAAAUAUCACCGAAACGUGCAGUUGACAAUAGGAACGAAGGACCUUACUCGUUCGGCGCGGGCUGGCAACCGACGACAAAGAAAUAGGAAAGCCGAGGCAGGGCAACGAUCACCGCCGCCGUCCCUGGACCCUGCCGCUCUCGAGCUCGACUUACUCGGUCGUCGGUGGAGGUGGUAUGGAAGUGCACAGCUCGACAGCUGAUCGCGGUGGUGGAGUCGCGGAGAGAUCGGCGCUCUGGCUCCAGUCGCAGUGCGCGUCGCGGUUCCGCUCGGUGCGUUCGCUCCGAUCCUGAUCGAUCGGUUCAUCCGGAGGAUCGCCACCCUGCGUGCCCUCGCGAUCGAUCGCUCCCGAACGGCGUCCGGCAGGUAGUGUCUCCGAAUGAAUGUGGUGUUACGGACGCGGUGGUGACGGUGCGUCAGUAAUCGGGCGACACGAGAGAGUCGAUACGCGGGGUGGAAUCCGUGAGCGAGGAGCCCUGCGAGGGUCGGAGUGGUGAAUCCGCGUGCGGUCCCUUUGGUACCAGAGACACUUCCGUUUUUCGCGGCACCCGCCCGCGGUGCUCUCGCCAGGUCGAAGAUGCGGAGCGUCGCCGCCGUGGUAUGAAUUCGAGCGUCGCGGCGGCACCUGAACCCACCUUUGUCCGAGGCACGACUGGAUGAUGGCUGACCUAAAGAAUCUCACCCUGGGGAGUGGCGCGGCAUCCAGGUACAGCGGCGAUGAGCAGGUGCAGUUUAUCCCAGGUGGGAGUCAGGUGACGAUCAGAUCGCCCCCACCCUCCUUGCACCUGGAAAAUUUGAACAAUGUGGUUCACGGCGGCUCGCAGAACAACCUCCACUGCAGUUGCAACGGCACCACGUCGAACGGGGCUGCGGCUGCGGUGUGCACCGGUGGUGUUCUGGCCAGGAAGGUGCCGAACCAUAGCGGCGCCAGUCCCGGGCAGAGCAACAAGAGGCCGGCGGUAGCGUUAACGCACCUCCCGAAGAGGCCACCGGUCGACAUAGAGUUCAAGAACCUGGCCUACAGCGUGUCCGAGGGUAGAAAGAGAGGAUACAAAACCAUUCUAAAAUGCGUCAACGGAAAAUUCAGGUGCGGAGAGCUAACGGCGAUUAUGGGACCGUCCGGCGCCGGAAAGAGCACGCUUAUGAACGUUUUAGCAGGCUAUAAAACGUCGCACUUGAGCGGCUCGGUGCUGAUAAACGGGAAGGACAGAAAUCUCAGAAGAUUUCGAAAGAUGUCCUGUUAUAUCAUGCAAGACGAUCGACUUCUGCCACACCUGACCGUUUACGAGGCGAUGAACGUCUCGGCGAAUCUGAAGUUGGGGAAGGACAUCAGCGCGACUGCCAAGAAAGUAGUGAUCGAGGAAAUUAUCGAAACGCUUGGCCUACGCGAAGCCAGCAACACGCAGACCCAGAGUCUCAGCGGCGGACAGAGGAAGAGGCUGUCGAUAGCGUUGGAGCUCGUCAACAAUCCCCCGGUCAUGUUCUUCGAUGAGCCUACCUCCGGUUUGGACAGCUCUUCUUGUUUCCAGUGUCUAAGUUUGCUCAAGUCCCUAAGCAGAGGAGGAAGGACGAUCAUAUGUACGAUCCACCAACCAAGCGCGCGACUGUUUGAGAUGUUUGAUAACCUGUACCUGCUUGCCGAAGGCCAGUGUAUAUAUCAGGGUAACGUGGGCGGCCUAGUGCCGUUCUUGUCAUCGAUGGGUCUCGAUUGCCCGAGUUACCAUAAUCCGGCAGAUUAUGUGAUGGAGGUCGCCUGCGGGGAGCACGGCGAGUGCGUUCACAAGCUGGUGAUGGCUGUGAACAACGGCAAGUGUAACAACUAUCAGCACCAUCAGGCAGCCAUCGCCGCGGCGCAGACGGUGUCGAAUGACAUCGCCAAGGAGUCGCCGCAGGAGCAACCAAAGCCAGAAGGAGUCGCCUUGAUACCGAACGGAGUCGCGAAACCUCCGACCGGCGCGACGAUGAUCAACAUGCCGGUAUCCUGCACAACGUCGCUGCUGGACAGCGCGGAGAGCAUAGAACAGAAGGUCGGCUUCCCGACGAACGGCUGGCUGCAAUUUUGGAUACUGCUCAAGAGGACAUUUCUGUCGCAGAUACGAGAUAUGACGUUAACAAGGGUAAGACUGAUCUCGCAUAUAAUCGUCGGCUUCCUGAUCGGCGCAAUUUAUUACGACAUCGGCAACGAGGCCUCGGAGGUCAUGAGCAACGCCGGAUGCGUCUUCUUCACGGUGAUGUUUCUCAUGUUCACCGCCAUGAUGCCUACGAUAUUAACAUUUCCGAUGGAAAUGUCCGUAUUCGUGAGGGAGCACCUCAACUACUGGUACUCCGUGAAAGCUUUUUACCUCGCGAGAACGUUGGCGGACUUGCCGUUCCAGAUGGUGUACUCUAUAGCCUACGUGAUGAUCGUUUACUUCAUUACGUCGCAACCGUUGGAGGUGCAGCGGUUUCUGAUGUACCUAAAUAUAUGCAUCCUGACAUCGCUGGUCGCGCAAUCCAUCGGUCUGCUGAUAGGAGCGGCAAUGAGCGUGGAGAGUGGAGUGUUCAUCGGACCCGUGAUGUCGGUGCCGAUCAUCCUGUUCUCCGGUUUCUUCGUUAACUUUAACGCCGUACCGAAGUAUCUGAAGUUCCUCUCGUACGUGAGCUACGUGAGGUACGGCUUCGAGGGCGCCAUGAUUUCCGUGUACGGCUACAAUCGGGCGAAGCUUAAGUGUUCCGAGCACUACUGCCACUUCAAGAGCCCGACGAAGUUCCUCGAACAGAUGGCCAUGGAGAACGCGGUCUACUGGGUGGACGUCGUCGCCCUGCUUGGCUUCCUGCUCGUUAUCAGGGUGGUCGUUUACUUCGUGCUGAAGCUCAAGCUGCGAUCCCUUCGUUAAAUACCCCAAUGAGGAGUCCAGGACAGACAAUAAUCGAUCAUGUCACGACUCUACGACCGCCAUGUUAAACCACGAUCUGAAUAUCAUCGAGGAUCAUACUUUCGUAAAUCCGCAAGGAACCAACGACGAAGAGGAGGAUCGCGAAGAUUAUUUCGAUCUCAAGAAUGAGAGGGGUAGAACUGUCGCGAAGAGUGCUGUGUGGAAUCUAUGAAAAGAAUAUACGCUUUGAAUAGGAACAUUGAGGUAACGCAGUUAUAAAUUAUCUUUGAUUCAAACGAUCGUUUGAACUUUGAUACGUGAUUUAUGAUCGCAAGGGUUUUAUUUAAUUAACCAUCUCUCUCUAUUGAAGUAUAAUACUUUUUUAUCAUUUUACUCAUGUAGCGUUAACGCUUCACGAAGGGUGCUUAAUUAUUAUUGAUCGUAGUGAUGUUUGCGGUACCAAAACUCAAUGAUCUCUGUGACAAAAGAGAGCACGCUAUCGUACUUCGUUAGCUCGAGUAAGUAAAGUAGCUUACCAGAAAUUACCUCGAUGAGGAUUCGAAUCUCCGAUUAAAGACGAAUCGUAAUCUUAGAUAGGCGUUUAAACAAAUAGUCCAGGCAGGAGUUAGGCUACCUUCAAUCGCGCAUUAACAACAGUAGGCCGACUCGCGACGGCAAUACAGUCGGGCAAUAUAUCGGUAUCGAAUAAAAACUGCGAAACGUUUAUAGCCAAUUACUACGAACUCGCCAGGAGCCUUAGGCCCAUUUGAGACUCCGUGUCCCUCCAACGAGCGCAUUUAAGCGCGAACGCGAAAAUAGAGGUUUCUAUAGGUAGGCAGGGUAGGACACAUGGAUCGUUAAGACAAGUCUUUCAUUAUUUCUCUCAUCUUACAUCACACAUUAGCUGGCCACGUUCAAUUACGAUCGCGACGAGUGUCUCGGGGUUGAACGAAUCGCACACUUAUGAUCGUAAUAAUGUCCUCGAAUAAAAGUUCGCCAAACACCGAGAGCAACGUUCACAAAUGACGUUUUCGGUACGAACCGAGCUCACCACGUAAUCGCUCUUUCUUCAUAUCGUAAUAUCGUCAACGAUUUACCUAAUAGCUAAUAAAAAUAAUUAUAAGGGGGAAAGGAUGGGGGAGAGAAGUGUUUAUUGUAAAAAGCUCACACUUGACCAAUCACUAGCUGCCUGAGCGUUGCUUCUAAGUGCGAGUACUAAGUGUUGUUACACUUAUAUCAUAUAGUAUAUAAAAAUAAUUCUAUUCAGACGAUGGAAAGAAUUGUAUAAAGCUGUAUAAAUCGAAAAACGGAGCAGGCAAUGCGUCAAUGAGUACUUUCCUUUUCGCAAUGCAAUGCAAUUCGCGGCCUAUGCGCGAGUACCUCUUUGGUCGAAUUUUAUUUAUUCAACGAUCGACGAAUAUGACAAUGAAUAAAACGGUAUCGUGAAUAUGUUGUGCUGCAAAUAUGACUAACUACCAAUCGGCGCGGCCAUCAACCGACAAAAUAUGAUUACGGGGAGAAAAACUGUUUCAUGCAAUACAGACGUUAAUUUUGCGGGUAAUUUAGGGUGCCUUUUCUUUUUAAGAGCUGAGGAACGUUAGUUGCGGUAUUUCUUUGUAUGUUAUGCACAAACCUGUAGGUGUAAAUAACAAUGAGUGUCUCUAAUUUUUUUUAUUUGUAUCAAAGAGUGAAUAGCGAUAAUGACAGAACGACAAGGCAAUAGAGUCUAUCAUGAAAGUUAUAAUUUCCUAUAUUUUACUUGAUAAUUUCCCUCGUGCAAUAUUUCCUAUUGUAAGUGUAGAAGUGGUAAAUGGUACAUUUGCUUAGCCAAUUAACGAUUUCGUUGUCCGUAUAAGUGAUGGGAGAAAGCAGUAUUUAUAUUUUGAUAUUGUUCUUAUUUUAUUUUACACAUACAUUUAUUUACUUAAUUAUACGAUUAUGAGAAAACGAUUGAAAUGAAUACUUAAGCUUAAUUAAGCCGAUUUGCUUACGUGUGAAAUAUUGCGAUAGUCGAAGUAAUUUCCUUGAAAAGUUAUUAAAUUAUUUUGACUGUACAAUGUUUUCUUUCUCUUGCCAUGUGACAUUUAGAACAAUUUUUAGACGCAUUUAGAACAAUUUUUAGACGACACCGUAGUAGAUAUUAAUUUCUAAGAUACUUCGUUUAUACAAUUGUAAUUCACGUAUGCAUAAUUCGAUACUUUUUUUUUAAUCAAAAAAAUUAUCAGUUGCUAGAUAUACGUGUAUCUCUGGAAAUAUUGUCGAGACUCUUACAAAUCUAGUUGAUUGUUAAAAUAUAUUUUUGCGGCAUGAAAGUCAAGGGUGUUUCUCUGCUAAAGAAUUUGUGCGCGUGCUUCUCGCGUUACACUAAUAUUGGUUGUAUGUACACAUUAGAAGAAAACGUGUGGAUUAAAUUGUGAAAAGUAAAUUUCUAUAUUUGUAGAGUGAUACAUCUUAUAGAGUGAUACAUCUUUUUUUCAUUGAUUAUAUCUGUACUUAUUAUUAAAGGAAGGAAGGUAUACGGUAUGGCGAUUGUAAUAAGAACGGGGAGACGAUUUUAGAAAGCGUUAGUCCAAACGAUGAUGUGUCUUUCUUAAGUAUGGCAAGGAAAAUGUAGCUGUCGUAGCUAAAAACUGCAUGUGACAACUAAAUGUCGGUUGUCAAUGGACGACUAAUAUUUAGUUGUGACAGCUAAAUAUUUUGCUGCUGUGCCUGUUGUAUUAGGCGCGACAGCAAAUCGUUUGUUGUGGCUUAAAUAGUUAUGGCAGCAAAAUAUUUUUAGCAAAUGAUUAGCUACGGUAGCGAAACUUUUUUUUCAGCGUGUUACUGUAUUGCGAAACUUGAUUUUCAUAAUGCUUGCUGAAAUUGAACGAAUGAGCGAGUUACAAGUGUACCAUGCCAAAAAGCAUGCUGAUUAAUUAACUUCGCGUGCUGUUACGCAGAAUGCCAACGAUUCGAUAUUAACGGAAAGAAAGUGCGGACGUUACGUAACACUUAGGUAUAGAGAGGAGUUUGAUCUGCAGCGAUUAAAAGCUCGUGUUUACGGUCGCAUUUGUAAAUAAACGAUAUCCCAAUGAUAUAGUUUCACAUGCACACGCGCGAUGCGUUGUUAAACCGAUAACCGUUAACGCGCUCGGACCUCGAUGCGCUGUGCUGAGGAAACUUUUAUCCCGAAGAAGCACGCACCAUCCUCGUACAGCAAUAUUAUAUAGCGUACUGUAAAUUUCUCUCGAUUAACAUUCAUCCACGUUGAGAUCUAAACGCGCAGCACGUCGUACUUUUAUUUGGUCGUCCCUUUUGAUAAUUAGCGGCUAAUCCCGAUCAUGCUCGAUAUUUGUGACAUAUAAUUUCCUGUUUAUCAAAUUUAUCAUUCAACUAUGACAUCGCGCAAGUCCGAGGUCAGGACAACGAUCGAUUUACAAUCGUACACUCGAUUCACGAUACACUCGUAUCACGUGCUUCGCGUUCAAGACUUCACGAGCGUUAUCAGCGAGCGAGUGGAUUCUUCCUCGUUGCAAAACCUCCAUGACGAUCUAGCUCGCGCGAAAAGAAAGAAGCGCAAAGUGCACUGGAGGACACGAGGAUCGCAGCGUAAGAAUCCAUUCGAAUCCGUCUGUCGCUUCUAAGACCACGUGUCCGCAAACCGUGGACCUAUAAUACAUUAUACAUUAUCGGCCCAUAAUCCGAACGCAUACACAUACAUACAUAUACGUGCAUAGUUGGAAAAUUCGUGUUUCAUCGUUAAAAAGUAUGCCGAUUAAAAGUUUCGUGUUAAAUAUUUCGCA